AUGUCGUCUUAUUUUUAUAAAUGGCUAUACCUCGGUGCACUUGUUAUAGUGGUGAGAUCUAUUAUUGCAGAACCAGCAGAAGAGAUCAAUAAAGGUGGCAUAUUCGUCUGUUCCUUGAAGAAUAGCUCCCCAGCCAAAAAUUUGAACCACUUCUUGCAAGAAAAUGAAGUUGAUGAUCACAGAGGCCAGUGGCUUAGUCGCUUUCCUGACAGCUGCAUGUCACUUGUCUCUUUGAAUUUUGCAUGCCUCAAAGGAGAAGUUAGCUUGCCAGCCCUUGAGAGACUAGUGGCAAGGUGUCAUAAUCUUAGAAGUCUGAGGUUAAACCAUGCUGUGCCACUUGCUACUCUUCAAAAGAUUGUGGCACAAGCGCCCCAGUUGGUGGACUUAGGUACAGGAGCCUUUGUUCAUGAUUUGGAUACAGAGACUCGCUACAUACUAAAGAGUGUCAUCACGAAAUGCACAUCAAUUAGGAGUUUGUCAGGGUUCUUGGAGGUUGCUCCCCGUUGCUUGCUUGCUAUCUAUCCGAUUUGCUUGAACCUGACCUCCCUGAACUUGAUGUUUGCUCCAGGGAUUCAUGGUUCUGAGCUUAUAAAGCUAAUUGGUCAUUGCUGGAAACUUCAGCACUUGCGGAUAUUGGAUUGCAUUGGAGAUCAAGGUUUAGGUGUUGUGGCUUCCACUUGUAGAGAACUGCAGGAGUUGAGGGUCUUCCCAUCUGAUCUUCAUGGGGUUGGGCAUGCUGCUGUAACUGAAGAAGGCUUGGUGGCAAUAUCUGCUGGUUGCCCCAAGCUUCAUUCAUUACUAUACUUCUGCCAGCAAAUGACCAAUGCCGCCCUCAUAACUGUGUCUAAGAAUUGCCCAAAUUUCACCCGUUUUAGAUUGUGUAUCCUCAACCCGACAAGACCAGGCCCUGUGACUAUGCAGCCACUAGAUGAAGGUUUUGGGGCAGUAGUUCAAUCUUGCAAGGGUCUCAAGUGCCUGUUGCUCUCUGGCCUCCUGACAGACCAGGUGUUCCUUUACAUUGGAAUGUAUGCUGAGCAGCUUGAAAUGCUUUCCAUUGCAUUUGCUAGAGACAGUGAUAAGGGAAUGCUUUAUGUUUUGAAUGGCUGUAAGAAGCUUAGAAAGCUAGAGAUCAGGGAUAGCCCAUUCAGCAAUGUGGGACUUCUAACGGACGUGGGAAAGUAUGAAACAAUGCAAUUCCUUUGGAUGUCGUCCUGUGAAGUUACCCUUGGAGACUGCAAGAUGCUUGCAAAUACGAUGCCGAGGCUCAAUAUGGAAAUCAUAAAUGAAAGUGGCCAGGCUACCCUUGAUGAUAGACAAAAAGUAGAAAAGAUGUAUCUGUAUCGGACAUUGGUUGGGCCGAUGAGACAUGCACCGGAUUUCGUGUGCACAUUGUAGCUGCAUCAGUAGGUGUUUUAUUACUGGUU